UGUUUCUCUAGACAUCCCAAAGCAACAUGAAGAUGAGGAAGAGGAAGAUCUCACUGACCAGCUCUGUAAUCAGAUGAUGAGCUGGAAUGAGAUCCAGGAGCGAUCAGAGCCUCCACAUGACAGCGACAGCAACGAGGAGCUGGGACAUCAGCUGCUGAAGGAGGAACCAGAAGCUCCUCGGGUUAAAGAGGAGCAGCAGGAAGUCUGCUGCAGUCAGGAGGGACAGAGUUUUACUCAGACUGUGACUCUGCAACAAACUGGUUUCAGUGGAGAAGAACCAAACUUUGAGCAUCUCGAUUCCAACAAUGUUUCUGCUCUGGAGAACCAAGAUGAAGCAGGAAGCUACAGUCCUGCGUUAGCGAGUUGGGCUGAAACUGUCCCAGAUGAAUCCUGGGAAUGUCGCGUCUGUGGGAGAGUCUUCAAAUCUCAGUAUAACAUGUUGCGACAUCUCAGAGACCACUCAGGGGAGAAGCCACUGUGCUGUAAAAUAUGUGGAAAAGUGUUUGUACAAACAUGUCAUCUGAAAGAGCACAUCCAAAUGCACACCGGCACCAAGCCCUUCUCCUGUGAAAUCUGUGGGAAACAUUUUACCAGGAAGUCUAGCCUGAAAGUUCACAGAAAAACUCACACAGGUGACAAGCCUUAUUCAUGUGAAACCUGUGGGAAACGUUUUAGCAGAAGUUUUUGUUUGAAAGUUCACAGAAAAACCCACACAGGCGUUAAGCCUUUUUCAUGUGAAAUCUGUGGGAAAAGCUUCCGUGAAAAAUGGUAUCUGAAAUUCCACAGGAAGACCCACACAGGUGAGCGGCCAUAUUCAUGCCAAACAUGCGAUGAAAGUUUUAAUAGUGUGAAUGAACUGAUUUGUCACCAGAAAGUCCACAAAGCUCUGAGGGAUUUCUGGUGAGAUCUGAGGUUUCUGGGGAGUCGUUUCACGUUUCCCAGUUCUCCAGAUGUUUCCGUCAUCCAGCCGUUGACUUUCACACUGAUGGAAACAGCAUGUUUUAAAGCUGCUGCAGCAGUUUAGUUUUACAUUUUUAACAUAAUUCUCACAUCAACAUAACCAAGAGGUCCAUGCAGUACAAUCUGAAUAUGUUACGAAAUGUAUGUGAGUCAGGAGUCGUCAAAAUGGGAUACAGGGAAAGGAUGUUACCAUGGCGACUCCUUUUCAUACAUAGAAGGGGUUGGAUGAGAGCAGACUUUAACUGGACCAAAAUGGCCGUGUUUCCUGUGGUUGAUGUUCUGAUGAAACACUGUAGACUGUUAACCUGCAGGAUGAAAACAUUUGUGUUACUUUCUCUGAUGAAUGAACCGUUUCUCCUGAACACUGAUGGACGUUUCAGACUGAAGGUUAAAUCUGUUCCAACAUUUAUUUCUAUUUAAUUGAUUGCUAAAUGUUUGACAUCCUGAGCUUGAUUGCUAAGCAGAGUUGUAAAGUUUUUUGUGGUUUUAAUGAUCCUUUUAUUUCAGGAAGAACCUUUUGGAUUACCCUGUGUAAGAAUUGUUCUGUAUAAUAAAGUUGCCUUGCUUGGGAUCAUCAUUUUAUUUGA